GAUUAUUUUAUCGUACACCCACCAUUGCAACGAUUUCACCGUUACAAGAUUGAUAAGACAUAAAGGAAUGUUUAUCACUUAUCGAUAGCGGCGCCAUACAAUUUUACGUGCUGGUUUGUGAGUGGUCUCUUUUGUUUGAUUCGCUGACAGCUGUGAAAUGGUUAGAAGAAACGAAAUAAACAAGGAGCUUGUCUGCUUGUUGAUACUGACAGGUUAUCUGUCUCCUAUUAUUGAAUGUUACAUCGCAGAAGAAUUAAUUCUUCUAAACGACGGCAUCCACGACACGAGUCACAUCGAUCACGCGGACGACGGCUCGUUGUAAAACGUUAUAAGAUAUGGUAGAAAAGAAAAAGGAGAUCGUAUGCGCGGAGAAGGCCGGUUUGGCGGGAGGGGUCGAUAAGAGAAAUCAAACCGGGCGUGCUACGUGGAAUCGUGAAAGUGAAGGUAUGUUGCCGCUACUUGUGGUCGCGAGAGAGGCCGAUCGAACCCGAUGAAUACCUGUUGCCUCUUUCUCGUUUUUUCCCAUGCGCUCGCGUUCACGUCUUGACUGUCUCUUAAGUAGUCUUGACGUGACGUGGGCAGCUGUAUCGAGAUUGAAGGAUUUACACAGAACACACGACGAUAAACGCGACACGCGAUAAGGGGAUACACUUUCCAUAAGCGUUCGCAAGUGUCAAACGCAGAUUAUUGACACGACAUAGAGUAUGGAGCAUUUAAAAAAGAAGCUAAGCGAGUAUGAUCAGGAACAUCUGCUCACAUUUUGGGAGGAGUUAGUGGAUGAGGAUAGGAACCAGCUGGAAAAUGAUAUAGAUGAGCUUGAUCUGCAGGAAGUUACGGCAUACUUUAAGAAGGCUGUAGAAUCCUCUCAGACCAUUGCUCAGAAUACAUUAGAUGACAAGAUACAGCCAAUCGAUCAGACCAAGAUAGCUUCUGUCAAGACGUCCACUGAGGAAGAAUUGAAUACAUAUAAGGAACAUGGUUUGAAAGAAAUAGCCCAAGGUUGCGUGGCUGUAUUAUUGUUGGCAGGUGGUCAAGGAACACGACUAGGAGUUACCUAUCCUAAAGGAAUGUAUGAUGUUGCAUUGCCAUCACAUAAAACACUUUUUCAAUUGCAGGCGGAAAGAAUACUCUACUUGCAAAGUAUGGCACAACAACAAUGUGGGAAACACGGAGAGAUAACUUGGUAUAUCCUUACUAGUGAAGCUACUCAUGACGCCACUGUCGAAUAUCUAAACAAACGCAAUUAUUUUGGUUUAAAAGAGAAAAAUGUCAAAACCUUCAAACAGGGUAUGCUGCCGUGUUUCACCUUUGAUGGAAAAAUUAUUUUGGACACUAAGUAUCGUGUUUCCAAGGCUCCUGAUGGUAAUGGAGGAUUGUAUCGCGCUUUGAAAGCUCAAGGAAUAUUGAAUGAUAUGGAACAACGCGGUAUCCGGAGUGUUCACGUACAUUCCGUGGAUAAUAUUUUGGUAAAAGUAGCAGAUCCUAUAUUCAUAGGAUAUUGCUUGCUAUCUGAAACCGACUGCGGAGUUAAAGUUAUCGAAAAGUCUUCUCCUUCUGAAGCCGUUGGCAUAGUUUGCAAAGUGGAGGAUCACUAUCAAAUAGUUGAAUACAGCGAAAUAACAAAGGAAACUGCAGAGCUUCGACAUGUCAAUGGACAAUUGAUAUAUAAUGCUGCUAAUAUAUGCAAUCACUAUUUUACGAUCGACUUUUUGAAGGACAUUGCAUACCUUUAUGAGAAAGAUCUACUUUUGCACGUAGCAAAAAAGAAAAUUUCAUACGUUAAUGACGACGGAGAAAGAAUCGUUCCAAAAAUUCCUAACGGUAUUAAAAUAGAAAAGUUUGUGUUUGACGUAUUUCCUUUCGCACAGAAUUUUGCAGUGUGGCAGGGAACGCGCGAGGAGGAAUUUAGUCCGCUGAAAAAUUCAAAUUCCGUUGGUCAAGAUUGUCCAAGCACCGCUCGUAUUGAUUUGCUCAAUUUACACAAAAAGUGGCUGUUGAAAGCAGGUGCAAAACAAGUCGGAGACGACGUCGAAAUCUCUCCUUUGCUCUCGUAUGCGGGAGAAAACUUGUGUCAAAUCGUAAACGGUCAAUCUUUCGUGGGACCACAAGUUCUCGAAUAAUAAGAAAGAAAUUUUUUUCAUUCUUCUAUAAUAAUGACAUAUUUAGAAUAUUUAUA